UGAGUACGGUAAUGAUUUCUGGGAUAUUUUGGGCUCCCGCGUUGCUUACGGGAAAGAACCUAAUGAAAACCAACGUACACAUACCGUAAUCCCAAGCAAUUAAUGGCAUACUAUUUUAAGUUCAUACUAAAACAAUUUCUUAAUUUACAACUUCGUCGGUAAUAGUAGUAAAACGUAAACACAACCCAGAAAUUCUGCUUCGGCUUCUUCGUUUUUUGAAUUCGUUCGUUCGUCUAGCUUACGGAGAGUACACGUCGCUGUGAGAUUUAUUACAUCAAAAAACCGAAACGUUAAAAUUCCCCUGAAUAUAAAGAAGUAUGCAUAUAUUCUUAAUAAAGUUGAUGCACUUAAUUUAUGCGGAUAGUAAGGAGUUUUAAACAAAAUUCUGUAUUUUUCUUGCCAUUUUUUGUUUGUGCGUAUGUGCAACGUGCUAAAUUUCGCGUUUGUCCCGUUGACUGCCAACACUGUACAUAUUAAAUAAGCUAGACUGGCUGGGGAUGAAGUAAUAUCGUUUAAUAAUUUCGUGCGAGAAGCCAUUUGCAACUCGGCGUAAAUGCUUCAAUAUAAACAAUGAAAGGAAUAUGUUGCCACAUGGGCCAAGCAAUAUAAAAAAUAGAACACCUUUCUGCGUAGGCGGCCUUCGGCCGCGCUUAGGGAUUAUAACCUUCACUACGCAGAAUUCGCCUUUCUGUGUUACCAAAACAAAAGCAGUAAAUGCUUCUGUAGUAUACGACGAGGCACCCUGUAAUGACAAUAUCUGAAGCAACCCUAAAAGAAAACAGGAUAUGACGUUGACAGGUGCGCACGUGCAUCAGACGAGACUAAGCGACAAAAGAAUAAAGAGCGCAAUUUUCACACUGCAUAUUUCUCGUGUUUUAUUAUAUUUAAUCUUCAGUCGAAAACGUAACAUUUUGGCGACGAGGAUAAAAGAUGGCGUUGAAUGAAAGUAUGAUGGCAAACGUAAACCUGAUGGGCGCACAAUCUUUCGGCAAGCUGGAACCGUUCCAACCAACCAUGGCGUGGAAUAACUAUAAAGAACGAAUGGAGUUUUACUUCGAAGCCAAUGGAAUAGCUAACGAUACGUCGAUGAGGGCGAUUUUCUUAUCAUGCGUCGGGGAAGCAACUUACGAAAUAAUCCGCCAUUAACUCCAAAAGACGUAUCGUCUCAUGAAAUCGUUGAAAAACUCGACAAACACUUUCAUCCAAAACCAAAUGAGAUUGUGCAGCGGUUUGCGUUCCAUAAGCGGCACCAGAAUAGUGGGGAGACAAUAGCUGAUUUCGUAAAAGACUUGCGUAAACUGUCGGAACAUUGUGGCUUCAUGGAACUGGAUAAUAUGUUGCGGGAUCAAAUUGUAUGCGGAGUGGCAGAUGAAGCGCUGCAAAAACGUCUUUUUAGCGAACCAAGAUUAGACUUUAAACGUGCGUACGAGAUAGCAAUCGCCCAUGAAGCGGCUUACCGCAAUGUAAGGGACGUGCGCGGCAAUGGUAAUGACGUUUUGGCGGUGUCAAUGAAGAAUAAACCCAGGAAAGUAGAAAAGUUGGAGUGUUUCCGUUGAGAGGGCAGCCAUUUUGCAAACAAGUGUCAUUUUAAAGAUAAGAAAUGCAAAUUUUGUCAGAUAAAAGGACACUCUAUGAAAGCGUAUUUUAAAAAGAGAGCACAUGACCGCAAGAGACUUGCAGUCCACGCAUUAGAUGGAGGGGCGGAGGACACAGGGCCAGCGGCAGAAGAAAAUAAUUACUUUUAUGAACUCAAUACAGUUCAAGCCACGUCCACAAAAAAGAUUCUAACGGGGAUGUACCUCAACGGUGUGUUAGAAUCAUUUGAAGUAGACUCCGGUGCGGCGUUUACGGUUAUCUCGGAGACAACGUGGAACCGCAUAAACCUGGGUAAUCGCGACCUCAGGCCAUCCAAUAUCAUGCUGCAAACGUGGUCGAAAGAAAAACUCAAUGUUUUGGGAUCAGCUCGGGUGAAUGUCGAAUACAAUAAGCAAAAGUACGUAUUAUCCGUUUUGGUCAUUGCAGGUGGCGGCAGGUGUUUGCUGGGUAGAGAUUGGUUUGACGCGUUAGGGAUUACGGUGCACGGAGUAUUGACAGUAGAUGUUCCAACGGAUCUCACCAUGUUAGAGAAGAAAUAUAACUCGGUGUUCAACGAACAUUUGGGCGCGCAUAAUGGCCCUGCCAUAUCGUUAGAAAUCGUACAAGGAGCUCAGCCGAUUUUUCGUAAAUACAGGCCGUGUCCUAUCGCUUGGAAACCAGCCGUAGAAAGAGAAAUUGAAAAGUUAGUGGCGCAGAAAGUGUUGGAGCCAACGCUUUUUUCACACUGGGCAACGCCAAUUGUACCAGUCAUUAAAAAAGAUGGUACUAUGAGGAUUUGUGGGGACUAUCGCAGUACUGUAAACGCCGUGAUUAAGCCAAAUACAUAUCCAUUACCACUUUUUUCUGAGGUAAAGGCGGAAAUCGCGGGCGCGAAAUUAUUUACGAAAUUGGACCUGCAGCAGGCCUACCAGCAGCUAGACGUAGAUGACUUUGCAUCACCCGGACUUUUCCAAAAAUACAUGGAUAAUCUCCUAGCCGGAGUGAAAGGUGUCAAGGCAUACCUCGACGAUAUUAUUAUUUCCGGAAAAGAUGAGAAUGAUCAUUUUCGUAAUUUAGAGGUAGUACUCAAGAAGCUAGAAGGAGCCAAUUUAACUGUGAAUAAGGCAAAUUGCUCAUUUGCUCGACAAAAAAUUGAUUUCCUGGGAUAUAAUAUUAGCCAUAAAGGAAUUUCGCCAAAUGAAGAAAAGGUAAGAGCAAUAAAACAAGCACCGACGCCCAAAAAUAAGGAAAUGUUGCAAUCCUUUUUGGGUCUCCUGAAUUUUUAUAACGCCUUCCUACCUAUGAAAUCGAGCCUGGCAGAAAAUCUGCACCGCUUAUUGGAUAAGGACUCUAAAUGGUCUUGGACUAAGGAGCAGCAAAGAAGUUUCGAAAAACUAAAGGCGCUUAUAAAUUCGGAUUCCCUAUUAGUACAUUAUGACGUAACGAAGCCGUUAGUUCUGUCAUGUGAUGCUUCACCCUAUGGUUUAGGGGCGGUUUUAGUCCAUCGGUCGGAAGGAAUAGAACGACCAAUCGCCUUCGCUUCGCGGACUCUGGGAGUGCAUGAGCGAAACUACGCGCAGAUAGACAGAGAAGCACUGGCCAUAAUAUUUGGGGUAAAACAUUUCCACCAGUAUAUCGCGGGCAGAGAGGUUAUUAUCGUUACGGACCAUAAGCCAUUAUUGGGCAUUUUCAACAGAAAGAAACAAAUUCCACAAAUGCUUUCACCCCGAAUGCUACGUUGGUGUCUGUUGUUGGCUGCAUAUGACUAUCAGUUGGAGUACAGACCAGGGCAGAAGCAUGCUAACGCUGACUGCCUUAGCCGGUUACCGUUGAGUGCAAACAUAGACGCGGACAUGUCAGGUCCUGCUGAUGUGCUCAUGUUGGAAUUGCGGAAUAAUACACCAAUAAAAGCGGAACAAAUCGCUGAAGCGACUUCAAGGGAUCCAAUAAUGUCACGAGUUUUGCGAUGGCUACUGCACGGUUGGCCACAAGAAGGAGACAUAUCUGAAGACGUACGUCCUUUUAUUCGUAGACGGUCCGAGCUAUCAACCCAUAAGGGAUGUUUGUUGUGGGGCAGUAGAGUGAUCAUACCCCCUAAAUAUCGAAAUCAGAUAUUAGAACUGUUGCACGGACAUCAUCCAGGUAUAUGUGCGAUGAAAGCCUACGCUCGAAGUUACGUGUGGUGGCCCGAGCUUGACAAACAAAUAGAAAUGAAAGUUGCACAAUGUGAACAACGUCAGAUUAUCGGUGAAAACCCUCCGGCAGCUCCGAGGCAACACAUCCCUAGUACAGAUCAACCCUGGGAAACGCUGCAUAUCGACUUUGCUGGACCCUUUCAGGGAAACACAUUUCUGGUAGUAGUAGAUGCAAUGUCCAAAUGGCUCGAAGUCAAAAUCGUAAGUAACAUGUCGUCCAUGGAAGUAAAACACAAGCUGCGGGAAAUUAUAGCAACGCACGGCUUACCGAAACGAAUCAUUUCGGACAACGGCACGGCAUUUAGCUCUGCCGAAUUGCGAGAUUUUUACUCGGAAAACGGUAUUAAAUUCCAUACUUCGGCUCCAUAUCACCCAUCCAGUAAUGGCCAGGCAGAACGAAUGGUUCAAUAUUUAAAAAAAUCUUUGAAUUUAAUAACCCACGGUGAUAUUUCAACGCGUUUGCAAAGAGUCUUACUAAAACAGCACAGUACCCCUCAUACCACAACUGGCAAAACUCCGGCUGAACUAUUAAUGGGACGACGAAUUCGAACGUUGCUGGAUCUGCUGCACCCUGAUGAUCAUAAGUUGGAACAGCGCCCGUAUGUGGCCUCUGGUCGGGUAAGACUGUUCGAUGUUGGAGAUCCCGUUUAUUUCCGUAAUUACGCUGCGGGCCCAUUGUGGCUAGCAGGAAAAGUUAUAGAAGUCACGGGACCAGUCUCGUAUGUAGUACAAUCUACUGAUAUGCGAAUCGGGCGACGACAUGUCGACCAAAUUAAACGCCGCGUGGUAGCCCCUACUGAGCCGUUGUUGCCACAUGAAGAAAAGAGGCACGACUCUCGAGACGCAGAUAUCCCUGUAAACUGCUCACAGCCGCCAUCGACACCGUUACCAUCUCUACCAGCCCAAGCUUCAAUUGAGGCAAGCAAUUCCUGCUCGCCACUACCAGAGACCAAAGAAGCCCACUCAUCGAUCCCCAAUCUUGAAUCAAAGACGUCACCACAGCAGAGCAGCAAGGCAAAUACAGUUACGCGAUCGGGCCGCCAUGUGAGACCACCACGACGUUUUGAACCAUGCUAA